AUGGCGCGAUUUCUCAAGAGGAAAGUGGAUACAUCUUCCGAACUAAUUGAUUUGGAUACUCUUCCUUCGGAUCCGUAUGAUCGCAAGCUGAUAGAAUCAUAUAACGUGAAUCAAAAGGAUGCGAUUAGAAGGGCAUAUAUAUUAAGAGGGCCGUAUCAACUAAGAGGUAUCGAAUUCCCACAAACAAAGUUUCAAGGUGACGAGUUAAGAAAAUUUAAGGAAGAAUGGUAUGACAAACAUGAGUAUAAGGGAUGGUUAGAGUAUAGCUCAAAAUCGGAUCGCGUGUUUUGCUUAUGUUUCUAUUUGUUUAGGAGCCACUUCGGAGAUGGUAGAGACACAUUUGUGUGCGGUGGGUAUAACAAUUGGAAAAAGGUACAUGCGUCACUUAAAAAACAUGUUGGUUUAGUUAAUAGUCUACACAACAAAUGUUUCCGAAUGAGUGUUGAUUUAGUUAACGAAAAUCAAGUGGUACACACACAAUGGGACAAUAGGACCCCUAAGGAGAAACGAGAAUACCGACUUAGACUUAGUGCUUCUACUUUGCUUGGGAAAAGGUUGUUGAAUGACGGAUUUGCGUUUCGUGGACAUGAUGAAUCAAAAGAUUCAUUAAAUAAAGGGAAUUUCUUAGAGCUUUUAGAACUCAUGGGUGAAAUGAAUGAAGAGCUUGCUAACGUUAUCUUAGAGAAUGCACCCGCGAAUAACCAAAUGACAAGUCCUAAAAUUCAAGCGGACAUCAAACAUUGUUAUGCUCAAGAGAUGAAUCAUGUGAUGUAUCAAAAAAAAGAACAAAUGGCGGUGAAAAAAUUGGAUGAUGAAUACGUUAACCCAAGGUGGCCAAGAAGAAAGACGAACAUCACAAAUCGGCAUUAUUUUGUGUAUGAUUGCUUCAAUGAGGUUCUUGAUUUGCAAAUACAAGAAUUUGGGAACUGUUUUAAUGAGGUAACAUCGGAACUACUUGUUUGUAUGAGUUGUUUGAGUCCUUGUGAUAAUUUUAGUGCAUUUGACAUUCCAAAUAUACUAAAGCUAGCCGAGAAGUAUCCAUAUGAUUUCAAUGAAGAGGAAAAACGAAGGCUUCCGGUUCAACUCGGAAACUACUUUAAUUUUGUGAAAAAAGAUAAACAAUUCGCCAACUUGGAUGGUUGGGGAAUUUUUUUCCCAACCGACUUUGUGAUCCUUGAUAUGGAGGAAGACACCGAGAUCCCGUUCAUAUUAGGAAGGCCAUUCCUUGCCACCGCGCGGGCCAUGGUGGAUAUGAGUGACGGAAGGCUAACAUUGAGGGUGGGUGACAAGGAAAUAAAGUUUGAAGUGGGACGACGCGUGGAGGAUGACCCGGUCAACUACAUCAAAGCAAUAGAAUCGAGCCUAGACAGUGACAUAUGA